AUGCGUGCCCUACAUACUGCCCUCAGAGUGGCAGAAAGGAAGAGGUUCAAAACCACCUACAGCACAGCACCUACCAUCUCUACUAGCCCCUUCGCUGUUGCAAUGUCUGUAGCAACUGAUGAUAAUGAAUGUGAACAGGAUCCUUCCAUCUGUGGAGAUCACGCCCGGUGCUACAACACAGAAGGAAGCUACUUCUGCAUCUGUGAUACAGGAUACAGCUCCUCUAAAGUGACUUUCACAGCAGAGGACCCCCCAUGCAAAGAUAUAAAUGAGUGUACAGAGAAGGGCAAAAAUGCUUGUGGCCCUUAUGAGCAGUGCAUAAACACGCAUGGAUCCUACUGGUGUGAAUGCCGUGGUGGAUAUCGCAAAGAUGAUCGAGGCGAGCAGGAGUGUAAAGAUGUGGAUGAGUGUGUUAUGAGUCCUCUUGUGUGUGGUCCAAAGGGCAACUGCACAAACACACCUGGUAGCUACACCUGCAGUUGUGUAGAAGGGUUCAAGAUGAGCACCGUCACGGGCUACUGUGAAGAUGACAACGAAUGUGACACCGUGCCUGUGUAUCCCUCCAUCUGUGGAGAACAUGCCCAGUGCCUCAAUACAAAAGGCAGCUACUACUGUGAGUGUGAGGAGGGAUACCAGUCCCCUAAAGGACCGAAAUUUACCGCAGAUGACCCCAAAUGCCAAGGUUAGUGUCCAGCCGUCUAUAUACUGUACUGCAUCUAUAGCACUUUUUCAUCUAAAAAGGUCUCUUGAGACAAAUUCCCUCUGAUUCACGCACUGUCCUACCAAGCAAAAAGGCAGGAACUGCAUUACUGUUGAAAAUGAUUUGUGAUUUUAAUGACA